AUGGCAUCUGCCGGAAAGCCUCCAUUGGAGGAUGCUCGUCGGACGACAGGAUCGCCGAAAAUGAAGAGUCGUGAGAACGCGAAAGACACAUUGUGCCGCAACGUGACCAUCUAUGGGCGAUGCCGCUAUGAAGACAAAGGUUGUGCUUUUAAUCAUGACCCGUCGAAGCUCAAUGCAAAUCAGUCGGACAGCAAGAAACGGUUCAAUGUCGACUCACCUAGUUUUACCCCAUCAUUGCUGUCUGGGAACGGUGUAUCAGCACCGAAAAAGUCGACCGCUAUAUCUCCUAAAGCUGCCAGUGCAGCUCCAUUUCAACCUCGAACAACAUCAUCACGUUCCAACACGAGUACACCAACAACGCGGUCAGAAGCGGUGCAAGAUUGGACGGUAGCCGAUGUGCAGGAAUUUGUUCCCCAGGGCUUCGAGCACGUGCGUCAUACGGGCAACUUGUCUGCCCUGGCAGAGGACUUCGAUCCUCUGCCUGACCGUGCUCAGCCCCAGUACUACAGCUCGCGUCCGAGCCCUGGAGCUAACUUCGUCAUUCAGACACCGAUCCAGGGCAAUGGAAACGGAGGAGUCACCCCCACAGGUGCCUUUGAUCCUUUUGUGACCACCCCGACUCCCAUGACUCCUGGUGCCGUUGGCCCCGUCUCUGCCAAUCCUUAUUCCCACGACCCCACUGGUGCAAUGGGAGGGGCCUAUUUUGCAAACCAAACUGGAUUUCAGCAACCGAUUCAGUACCAUCUCUAUGCCCCGAUUGGGCCUCACAGCCAGAACACAUUGGGAUACCAGCGCAACGUGCAUGACCUUUUUAUCCCAAACGACCUGCGCGAAGAGCUGCAAAAGAAAUCUGCAGCUACUCUGCAAACUCUCCCUAACACCCAACUUCCUGCCCAGGUGGACUACUUCCACUCCCUUGUCCCUCUGGAUCUGAGUCAUCAGAAGAAUGCUGCGACCUUUGGCUAUCCCAGCUGGAUCUACAAGGCCCAGUCUAGCAAAGAUGGCACAUUUUAUGCUCUUCGCAGACUCGAGGGUUUCCGCCUGACCAAUGAAAAAGCUAUCCGUUCCGUACAAGCCUGGAAGCGCGUCUGCAACGCCAGUGUGGUGACUAUUCACGACGCGUUCACCAGCCGCAGCUUCCAAGACAGCUCUUUGAUCUUUGUGACUGACUAUCACCCACUAUCCAAGACACUUGCAGACCAGCAUUUAAGCGCUGCAAAUGGGCGCUUCCCAAGCCGUCCUAAUGCUCAUAUUCCUGAGCAAAUUCUCUGGGGCUAUAUGACCCAGAUUGCCAAUGGACUCAAAGCGAUUCACGCUAGUGGUCUUGCCGCCCGAGUGCUCGAACCUAGCAAGGUUUUGAUCACCGCUAAGACCCGUAUUCGCAUCAACGCCUGUGCUAUCCUUGACGUGGUGCAAUUCGAUACCCAGCGCACUGUGGCUGACCUCCAGCGACAAGAUCUGGUCAACUUUGGCCAAAUGAUUGUCACCCUUGGGGCCAACUCGCCCAGCGUCGUCCACAACCCAACUAAAGCCAUGGAGCAUUUCACUCGCGCUUACAGUCCUCAGUUGAAAAACUCUGUUUUCUGGCUGUUGAAUGGACUACAGAAAGACCAAGAGCGAACCAUCGACACUUUUAUCACUGGCAUUUCAUCCCAGCUGAUGUCGACCUUUGAUUCGGCACUUCACCUGGACGAUCAGCUGACCUCUGAUCUCGCUCGCGAGCUGGAAAAUGGACGACUCGUGCGCCUGUUUGCCAAACUCGGGCUCAUCAAUGAACGCCCUGAAUAUGAACUCGACCAGCGCUGGUCGGAGAGUGGAGAACGCUACUUCCUAAAGCUUUUCCGUGAUUACGUCUUUCAUUCGGUGGAUAACCAAGGUGAUGCGGUGACUGACCUUGCGCAUAUUAUCACCUGCAUGAACAAACUUGAUGCGGGAAGUGAAGAAAAGAUUCAUUUAAUCAGUCGCGACGAGCAGAGUUGCUUCAUUGUCAGCUACAAGGAGGUCAAGAAAGCUCUUGAGUCUUCCUUCCAGGCUCUGUCGAAACCGGCUAGACGAAUGCACUAG